AUGCCCCGCCGCAUCAUCUACGGCAUCUCCCUCUGGCUCUUCCUCUCCUCCGCCGCCUUGACUAUCACCUCCAUCGCCCUGCCCACCUGGGUCGUCUACACCUCUCCCACCGCCCACGACAGCACUCCCAUCCGCGUCACCUACGGCCUACAUUCGCGCUGCUCUUCCAUCACCAACACAUGCACGCCCUUUCCUCCGCCGGAAGAAUGUCACGGCGAGGAGAGGGGCUUCUGUUCGGCGUGGAGGACGAGCGCGUUUCUCAUGAACUUUAGCGUCGUGCUCAUGUUGGCUUGUUUGGUGGCGUAUGUCACGGUGCUGGUGGGAGGGAGGCAGGUGAGGGAGAAGGGAUGGAAGGUGUUGGUGGGAUUGUUGGCCGUGGUGGCAGGCAGUCAGUUGACUGCUAUGGCGUUGGUGGCUGCGCUGUAUGAGAAAGACAAGCGAUUCUUCGUCGGCUGGGAACUGGGAACGGCGUGGAUACUCUGUACCAUCAGCUGGAUUACAUUGCUGGUUGAUGCAUUGGGCAUCAUGGCCGGAGCGUACUUUUAUCCGCAAAACGACGACUAUGAACCGAUUCCGGACCCGCAGUGA